UAUCAGAAAUAUAUACUGCAUAUCACUAUUGUUACUACGGUGUAGGUUUUUUUGAAUUAUCACUAUUUACGAAAUAAACGUAAAUCGUAAAAUAUCAGAAAUAUCUACUGUGUAGCAUAGAGUAAUAUAAAGAGGGCCUUACAUAUCUCAGCUGCAGAAGAAAGUGAAGCGCAAAAGGUAUAUGAUUGCCAGUUUAAGUGGAUAGUACACAAAAAGUAUUGUACAAUAUAUGGUAAAACGAUUCACCUGUAAUGCCGUUAUCUUUUGUACAUUUGUUAUCUCGUGUGUUGUUUCCCUCUAAUAUGCCAUGAGUUCUUAACUUCAUUAUUUUUGUUUACUGUUUAGUAUCUUUUUUCUAUGGUUUAGACUUUAGACGGUGCUAUACACUUAUACCCAUGCCGUAUGAUCGUUCAGUAAUUCAGUAUUACUCAAUACUCUUUACUUUCGUUAUUGCUUUUAUUUUGCAACUUGCUUUUACUGUUUUAUUUAUUUUUGCUGGUAAUUAAAAAUGCCUAGUUGUCUAGUUUGUGGAACAACGAACAAUGCCAAAGCUAAAUCGGCUAAUAUAACUUUUCAUAGGUAUGUUAUCUUGUGAAAUGAAAUCUUUAUUUUCAAUUUUUUUUUUUAGAAGUGAUUAUGAUAGACUUUUACUUUGACUAUUUAUUACAGAUUUUCGCUUAAAGACACUUACAAGAAUAAAUGGUACAAUUUUUUGGGAGAAAAUGGCAUACUACCUGAUAAAGUAUCAAAGACAAGUUUAGUUUGUUCAGCACAUUUUGACGAUUCAUUUUUUGUAAUGGAAAAGGAACAUGCUAUUCCAACUAAAAUUAUCAACAGAAUAAAAUGUGCUAAACAACAAUACUCAGAAACUGUAACCAACUUGCCUGUAAUUAAAACUUUUUUUACUAGUUCUGCUAGCGAUUCAGUUGACAAUAUUGCUUCUUUAAAUGUUACCAGAACUUUAGUAAAGUGUCCUUUGAGCAAUAUAGAGGUAGACGGAGUAUCUUUGUUGGAACCAGUUCAAUCAAGUUCUAGUGAAGAAGAAGGAGUACUACCAUUAGACAAUUCUUCUGUAUCAAUGAUGAUUUGUGAAACAAUCACACCCAAUAAAAAUAUCUCUGUAAUAUUAAAAAUUAUAAUACAAUUGUACAUACAUUAAUCAUAA